AUGAACGCGGCUCUUAUGCAACAAAUCCAAGCGGGAAAGGGCCUUAAGAAGACCCAGACCAACGACCGCUCGGGCCCGACCGUCGCCGGUAGUGCUGGUGGAAGCAGCGGGGGAGGAGGUGGGGGAGGAGGAGGUGGUGGUGGUGGUGGGGGCGGUGGUGGUCGUGCCGCUGGACACACUGCUUCGACCCCCAUGUCGGGCUCUGACGGACCUGCUCAGCAACUUGCGGGAAUGUUUGCUGGAGGGAUGCCAACACUGAGGAAGACGGGUGGACCAGGACACGCACCUGCGGCCAACCUGGCCAAGCCGCCGCCCAUCCCGGGACUCAAGAAGCCUACAGUUGCUCCACCUGCUCCUCCUGCACCGAGUGCGCCGAACCGUGCUCCUCCUCGCCCGCCUGCGCCGCCUCCUGCACCCCCUUCGGCGCCGAGCCGCACAGUCCCUGCCCCUCCCGGACGUGUACCCCCGGCUCCUCCAGCUCCUCCCCCUCCUCCGCCUGCACCAAGUGCGCCGGCGCGCGCAGUUCCCGCGCCGCCUGGUCGUAUGCCGCCUGCCCCGCCAAGCGUUCCCACUCGCAAUGUGCCGACGCCGCCUGGCCGUGUGCCCCCCGCACCCCCCGCACCUCCUCCACCUCCCCCACCCUCUGCUGCACCUGUUCGUGCUCCUCCUGCACCUCCUCGUCCUCCUCCCGCCGCACCCCCAGCGCCCCCUCGUGCUCCCCCAGCACCUCCUCGCCCAACGCCGGCGCCGCCUGGUCGUGCGGUCCCUCCGCCGCCGCCGCGCCCCGUCCCAUCGGCGCCGAGCCCCCCAGCUCGUGCCGUGCCCACGCCCCCCGCGCCCCCUGCUCGCCCGACGCCUGCUAUUCCCGCUCGCCCGACUGGUGCUCCCCCACCACCUCCUCCCCCAGCACCACCUGCACCUAGUCGUCUGCCGCCAGCUCUGCCAGGUCGCGCGCCACCCGCUUUGCCCGGCCGCGCACCUCCCGCUCUUCCUGGCCGUGCGCCGCCGGCUCUGCCAGGCCGCAGUGUGCCGACUCCUCCCCCGGCGUACGGCAACGCUUCAUCUCCAAGCCGUAGCGUGCCACCACCCCCAUCGCACAGUGCGGCCCCUCCGCGUGCUCCUCCCCCUCCUCCUCGUCCGACUGGCCCACCGUCGCUUCCCCAGCGAGCCGUGCCGGCGACUCCUGUGCGCUCCGUCCCGGCUUCACCGUCGACGCCUGAACCACCAGCGCCGGUCAUUCCUCGCAGGCCAACGCACGCGUCGCCGGCCGCUCCCCCGCCGCCACCUCCCCCUCCCCCUCCUGCUCCACCAGCCCCUCCUGCGGCUCAUGCGCCUGCUCCUAGACGCGCUUUGCCUCCGACAGCGCCAAGCGCACCCCCUGCUCCUCCCCCGGCGCCUCCUCGUCAGACUCCCAAGUGGACGGUCACCAAUGCGGACGAAGGAGACAACGGCGACGCUCCCCCACCUCUUCCCUCGGGAAUGAGCCCUGCUGCUCGUGCCAUGCAGGCUGCUGGACGUGCCCGUGCGCCUAGCAACCCCCCUCCACCCAUCCCGUCGGACGACGAUGACGGACCCCCUCCUCCUCCUCCUGGAAUGAGCCCCGCCACACUCGCGAUGCUGGGCCGCUCGAGGUCGGGAAGCAACCCCCCGCCAUCGCGCAUGACCCCGCCCCCGCCUCCCAUCAGCGCAAGCCGCACCCCGCCCACGUCGCGUCCCCAGUCGUUCGCUCCCCCGCCUCCUCCUCCGGGUCUCUCGCCCGCGGCCAAGUCCCGUCCCACCUCGAUGGUGUCGCCUGGCACCCUCAACGGCGGCCACUCGAUGGAUGCCGACGACCACGACCGGUCCGGCACGCCCGAACCCCCUGCCAACGUCGGUAACUGGACGUUUGCGAUGAAGGGCAUGUUCCCCGCGCCGCGUCCUUGGAACGGCGGACACAAGACGUACGCGAGUGGCAACGAGACUGGCGGCGGGAUCGGAUACAAGGUGUAA